UAGUAUAGACGUGUCAUACGUCAAAAACAGUGAGUGUACAUACAUCAAACAAAAUUUUGUAUUGCAUUAUACCUUUAUACUCGUAAUUUUUUCUAAGGGAAUGAGGACCUUGUAUUGCUUUUUUAAUUAUCUGGGAAAGGUGGCAGGUGCUAGUUAACAUAAUUUAUAAUAAUUAUGGAAAAUCAGAAUCCCCACGGUGAAGCUUAUCAAACACAUCAAUCCUUUUGGAAAAAAAAUACCCGUGCUGUACCAGGGAGACCAAGUCCAAAGCAAGAUGGUAAAUUUGGUAAACUAGGCAGUACUACAUUGAUGUCAAGUAGCUCAGCCAAUAUAAUAUCUACCAGCGGUGGAGCUAUAUCAGGAAGUAGCGGAGGUUCCACAUCGUUUCAAGAUUUUCAAGAAAGUGUAGACGAUGCUUGGGAUUCAGGGGAUGAUGAGUUCUGCACUGUCUCAGAUAUAAAAAUAUCAAAACGUGUUAGCCACUCUGCUGCUAUUAGUGUUAUUAAUAGUCAUAGAUCAAGGAAAACAUGUAUAGAUCCAGGGACAAAUGUAAAAUCUUCGCAACGUGUUCAGGAAAUAAUUCCUGAGGAGAAACGGGCGGAGGCUCUUCAAAGAUUAGCCGUUCAACCGUUGCAUUUGCGAAAUGCUAAUUUGUCUAUGCAUUCUCAAAUAAACAACAGUCAACAUUCCACAGAAGAUACAGAUAUAAAGUAUGGUGCUUCCCCUCAACAUAAACCAACACAAUUUCCAGGAAGACCACAGCCAUUGAGACAAACAACUGCACCUACUAAAUUUUUUAUACCUUCCAAGGAACAAGAUGGGGAAAGUAAAGUAGAUAAAUUUCAGUCCCUUCUGGAAGCUUCUGUAUUAAACUUAGACGAACUGAGACAAUUAUCGUGGUCGGGUAUACCUGCGAGAUUGCGUUCUGUUACAUGGAGGUUAUUAUCUGAAUAUUUACCAGCCAAUUUAGAGCGAAGACAACACGUGUUAGAACGUAAACGUUUAGAUUAUUGGAAUUUAGUUAAACAGUAUUAUGAUACUGAAAAAGACGAAGGAUUUCAAGAUACAUAUCGCCAAAUUCAUAUUGACAUUCCAAGAAUGUCACCGCUUGUUUCGUUGUUUCAGCAAACAACGGUACAAUUAAUUUUUGAAAGAAUACUCUUUAUCUGGGCAAUUCGGCAUCCCGCUUCUGGAUACGUUCAAGGGAUGAACGAUCUAGUGACACCUUUCUUUCUCGUAUUUUUGCAAGAAGCAGUGCCUGUGUCAGCAUGGCAGGAUUUAGAAAAUUAUGACGUCGCGUCAUUACAAAAGGAACAAAGAGAUAUUAUAGAAGCAGAUAGCUUUUGGUGCUUAUCUAAAUUUCUUGACGGUAUUCAAGAUAAUUAUAUCUUUGCUCAAUUAGGUAUCCAGCACAAAGUAAACCAGUUGAAAGAAUUAAUACAAAGAAUCGAUGCUCCUUUGCAUCAGCAUCUACAUCAACAUGGAGUCGAUUAUUUACAAUUUUCUUUCCGAUGGAUGAAUAAUUUAUUAACAAGAGAAAUUCCUCUUCAUUGUACAAUUCGCUUGUGGGACACUUACUUAGCGGAAUCUGUACGAUUUGCUUCGUUUCAACUUUAUGUAUGCGCCGCAUUUCUUCUUCGUUGGAGACGUCAUCUUUUAUUGCAGCCUGAUUUUCAAGGACUGAUGUUAAUGCUACAAAACCUGCCAACACAAAAUUGGACAGAUUCGGAAAUAGGAAUAUUGGUAGCGGAAGCAUACAAAUUAAAAUUUACAUUUGCAGAUGCUCCUAAUCAUUUACAGGCUCAUGAUACUAGGUGACCAUUUUACGAUGCGUUUAGAUAACGAUAUCAUAAUUGUGACCAGAAACAUUAGCACAAAUGUUUUUGUGCUAGAUCGAUACGCCUGUUUCAA